AUGUUGACAACCGAUGCCCACUUAUAUUUGGGCUUAACAUCUUCAUGGCCCAGUGGCCAAUUAUCAUUAGUUAACAUAAAACAUCACGUGCCUUCUCCUGUGUCUUCCUUCUUCUUUGCAUUCCGAACGGGUUCUUCCUUAUGUUAUCUUCUUCUUCACGCUCCGAACGGGUUCUUCCUUCUGUUAUCUUCUUCUUCACAUCCUGAACAGGGAUUAAAAAAAAUUGAAGGAUCUAGGCACCGCUUCGAAUUUGGACACAAGAAAUAUUUUGUGAGAGGUCGACAUGAUCUUUUGUUGAAGAUGCAGCUCAGUACUUUGUACGAGCGAGCGCGUAAAUUUAAGGCAGACAAGUUAGCCGAUGACUUGAAUAAAUUACGA